AUGGAGCUAAAAGACUUUAUGCAAACACAUGCGUGGAGGAGGAAGAUGGACCCGUUGCUCUGGCUGUGGAUCGCAGCUUUCCUGGGGGUAAGCCAGGGCUGCCCGGAGCCCUGCUCCUGUGUGGACAAAUACGCCCAUCAGUUCGCAGACUGCGCUUACAAAGAUCUGCAGGCGGUCCCCGUGGGGCUGCCCUCCAACGUGACCACCCUCAGCCUGUCCGCCAACAAGAUCACCUCCCUGCAGAAGAGCUCCUUCGUGGAGGUCACCCAGGUCACCUCGCUGUGGCUGGCGCACAACGAGAUCAGCGCCAUCGAGCAGGGCACCUUCGCCAUCCUGGUGCAGCUUAAGAACCUGGACAUCAGCUACAACCAGAUCAUAGACUUCCCCUGGGGGGAUCUGUACAACCUCAGCGCCCUGCAGCUACUCAAGAUGAACAACAACCACAUGGUGAAGCUGCCCUGGGAGGCCUUCCACACCCUGAAAGACCUGAGGUCCCUGCGCAUCAACAACAACAAGUUCACCACCAUCGCCGAGGGCACUUUCGAUUCUCUGACUUCCCUGUCUCACCUGCAGAUCUACAACAACCCCUUCAACUGCACCUGCAGGCUUCUGUGGCUGAAGAGCUGGGCUGAGAACACCCUGAUCUCCAUCCCCGAGAGGGACUCCAUCAGCUGUGUAGCCCCGGACAGCCUCCGAGGCGUCCCCCUGGGGAGGAUCCCAGACCUGCAGUGCGCGCCUCCCUCCGUGCAGCUGACCUACCACCCCAACCUGGACAACACCGAGCUCUAUGACGGCUUCACGCUCCUGCUGCACUGCAGCGUCAGGGGCAGCCCCCAGCCAGAGAUCAGCUGGAAGGUGCAGACCGCCAGCCAAGACCUGGAGAUAAAGGGGCCCGGCGUGGAGAGGGUUGGGAACGAGCUACCCACUGGCAACUCCAAGCAGGGCGCAGAGCGCUUCCUGGUCUACGGGAACGGCACCCUGGUCAUCCCCCACCUGAGCAAGCGCGAGGAAGGGACCUACACCUGCCUGGCCACCAACGAGCUGGGCAGCAACCAGACCUCGGUCAACGUGGCUGUGGCCGGGGCCCAGAAAUACCCCGCCCGCCCCAUGGAGGAUCCCCUGGCCGGCAAAGCGCAGCCGGGCGAGAGGAAGCCGGGCCCUAAGGGCUCCAAGAACAGCGUCCUCAGCCCCGAGGAGAGGCCCAAACCCCUCAGCCCCACCCGGCACAGCUCCCACUCGCCGGGCCUGGAGCAGGUCCCCGCCAAGCGGCCCUCCUUCGAGAAGAAUUGCGGUUCCAGCGCGGACACCCAGUAUGUCUCCAACCAUGCCUUCAACCAGAGCGGCCAGCUGAAGCAGCACACCUUCGACCUGGGCGUCAUCGCGCUGGACGUGUCGGAGAAGGAGGCCAAGGUGCAGCUCACCCCCUUCUACGGCCAGCCGGAAAAAGCCCACCUGCGGGCGCUCUACCUGUGCGCGGACAGCGGCCAGGGCCACUCCAUGGUCCAGUGGUCCAGGAUCGAGGAAGGAGUGAACUCCUACUGGUUCCAGGGCUUGACCCCCGGCACCAACUACUCGGUCUGCCUGACUUACCUGGGGGAGGACUGUCAGGUACAAGUGGUCUUCACCACCAAGAAGGAGAUCCCCUCCCUCAUCAUCAUCGUGGUGGUCAGCAUCUUCCUGCUGGCCCUGGCCACCGUCCCCCUGCUGGGGGCCACCUGCUGCCACCUGCUCUCCAAGUAUCAGGGCAAAACCUACAAACUCAUCAUGAAGGCCCAGAACCCGGACCAGAUGGAGAAGCACAUAGCGGCCGACUUCGACCCGCGGGCCUCUUACCUAGAGUCGGAAAAGAACUACAACCCAAGUGAGGCGGGGGAUGGUGAGGAGGAGCGGGAGGCGGAGGGGGAGAGGGAGCUGGAGCGAGACGAGAGCCUGGUGGCCGAGUCCAUCGCCGAGUCCCAAUCCAAAGCCAACCCGGAGGAGUUUGAGGUGGGGUCCGAAUACAGCGAUAGGCUGCCCCUGGGGGCCGAGGCUGUGAACAUCUCCCAAGAGAUCAAUGGGAACUACAGGCAGCCAGCUCGCUGA